AUGCCUGUGGCUCGACCCAAGAAAGAGGCCGAACCGGCGUCCUUGUCUUCGGACGACGGCGCUCCAAAGAAACCCAACGCCGAAAACAGCAAGAUCAAGAGAAAGCGCCAAUCCCAGAGUUGCGAUGCUUGCAGAGCACGCAAGGUCCGAUGUGCUCGCGAGAACCCAGACGACCAAUCCCAACCGUGCAAGCACUGCGUUGCCCUUGGCAUCCCAUGCACAUAUGAGUACCAGCCGAAGAAAAGAGGCCCCCCUAAUUUAUACCUCCGUCGUCUACAAGAGGCCGCUGCAGCCGCAGCCGCAGGGAAAUCGGACAACAAAAAUGACGAAAUGUCGGUGUCGCCUGUAUCCGCCAACAUGAGCCCGCCGCGGACGGGCAUAUCGCCGUCCAACAGCCACGCGGGCCCAUCCGCCUUCCUCGACCCUUCGCUGUCCUCCAUGCCUUCGAGCGUCAUGACACAGUCGCGGUACCCCAUAUCAGCUGAUUCAUUCCAUUCCCAGUACCCGACCAUGUCAGGCUUGCCAUCGCCGACGUACGGCCCACCGCGAUCACCCGGCAGCGAAGACGGACCAUUCUCGCCGGUGGACCAGUUCAACACGUACCCUCUCUACAACUGGUCAUACAAGCACCAGCAUCCACCAUCUGGCCCGCCCCCACCGCCCACGGCGCUUGUCCCAUUAUCAUACUAUUACCGGCCCCACCGCUUGGAGGAGGUAGCGCCCAGGGAGACCAUCUCACUCAUCAUCGCGCUUUUCUUCGAUUUCGUCUACCCGCUCACGCCGUGCGUCCACAAGCCUUCGUUCAUGACUGAUCUGCACACGCACCGAGAGGAGAGAGAUCCGCUGUUUUUUGCGCUUGUAAUGAGCACUAUCGCGUCGACGCUGGUGCAGGUACCGCGUUCUUACGUCCCAAUGGAGCGGGCGGCGGUGAGAAAGCUGGCCCAAAACUGUCACGAAGCCAGCCGACAUAUUUCGGUUGCAUCGUACGAUCCGCCGACAUCCAUGCAUGUCGUUAUUCGCUACUUUGACACGGUUUAUCACUUCUGUGAGGGACAUGAUGCGACAUCGCACGCUGCUUUUGGGGAAGCGGCACAUAUUGCCGUGACUCUGCGUAUGCACGAGGAGGCUUCAUAUGAAGGUCUCGACCCUAUUGAGUGUGAAGUCCGCCGCAGGACAUUCUGGUUGCUCUUUGGAGCGGAUAAAUCAAUGUCCAUUCUGCUCGGGAGGCCUAUCUGCCUGAGAGACGAGGACUGCACUGUCCACUUCCCAAAGGAGCUCGAUGAUGAGUAUAUUAGUGCCACCGCUUAUCUAGGCCAACCGCCCGGCAAAACCGCUCUUGUCUCCGGGCUAAACUACAUAUCUCGGAUAUUCGCUCUGCUGGGUGAAAUCCUCGUCCGCAUCCGAGUGGACAAGCGUUCACCGCCGCAAGGGCACUUCGCCACGGCCAGGUUGGAGGAAGUACAGACACUGCACGCCCGUAUUAUGUCUGCACUGGUUCACGCCCCCGAGCCACUUCAGCUCAAGCGGGCCCUCCCGCAGAGUUCCAGCGUUCCCAAGGAGUUCGGCGGCGCAGGUUUUAGACAGGCCACGUUUGCAGAGGUCAAGGAUUUCUUUGAUAAUCCGAACGCUUCGAGGGCCAAUGCUUCAAAUCCAUUCUUGGUAAUGCAGGCGAAUCUUUAUGUCACACAGCAACUCGUGCGCUUUGUUAUAGAGCAGUACCGGGACGAGCUCCUGACAUCAUUGCAUGGAAGUGUGGAUGAGUCGCGUAUUGCUGAAGAGAGAGAGGCAGUGGCCAGCGAGUUGCUAAACAUUCUGCAUAGCAUCCCUAUUCAAUCCAUAGCCACUAAUGGACCUUCACUCGUUCACAAGGUGCGCUUCGUCGCUUCCACGCUCCUCGACGCCGUCAGGAAGGCCGAGAUUGCACCCGCGUCCGCUGCACGCGCCCAUGCUUACCUCUGGGAUUUUCUUUCCAUUCUGUCCGAGAUCGAGAGGAACUACCUGCUGGACGAUGAUAGAGAUGGGACGUCGAGUGAUGGACUGCUGGUACCUCCCAGUUAGCUGCCGCCGCUCUCGCGGGACUUUCACGUUUCCUUCUGCGUCUGGUCCGAACUAUGGAGUCACGGUGGACUCCCCUGAAUGGGAGCUCAUAACUCGUUACAUCCUAUCGGUCCGUGCUCCAUAUUUGACGGCAUCUUUACGAUUUAUCUACGCAUGGUGACGCUGCUUUAUUUUCCCUUCGCCUCGUCGGCGGAAUGUAAAUAGUGGAUGGACAUUUGCUGUAUGUUCUACUGUAAUAAUUGUAUCAUCGCUGGAUC